UGUAUUUGUUUUGGAGUUAUCGUUUCUUGGCUUGUACAGAAUGGUACAGAACACAGAGUGUUAAAACAAUUCAUGAAUUCGGAAACUCUGAUUUUCUAACCCUUAGCAGUUAUUUUCUUAGAAUGGACCAGCUAUCUGUUGACGGUGCUUCUUCCAUCACGGAGAAGAAGAAGAAAAACUAUGAAAAUCUCUGUCCAGCAGUUGCAAUGGUAUUGUAUUUCAGCAGUUGUAAAGAGUUGAUAAAACUUCCUGGUCUUAUAUCUGUCCUUAAAAAGGACCUACCGCCUGAUAGUUCCAACUUAACAUUUUUUUGGCCCUUUCUUUUUAUGUAUAGUAUGGACCCUGUAAUGUGGAAGACUUAGAACCUGGAAAAACCAUGAAGUGGUGUACAUGCGGACUGAGCAAGAAGCAGCCAUGGUGCGAUGGUAAGUAAGUUGGUUCUAAAGAGGGAACUGACGGAUUAAUGGGCUGACUAAGUCUGAUUUUAUGUAUUUCCAGGCCUUGACUAAGUCUGAUUUUAUGUAUUUCCAGGCCUAAGGAAAACUCUUUUUUGCAUGUUAUCAACUGUUUACGGGUUAGAAUGUAAUACCCAAGAUCACCGUGUUUUAUCUCUUGUGGUCAGAAAUUCGAUAAACUUUUAACCAGCUGUUUGGCUAGGGGGACCUGAUCCUAAUAUUUCGGUAUAGUUAUCUGUAUUUAUGUUAUUCAAGUCAGAAAUUCUGUUGAGAAAAUUAAUAUUUUCAUCUGUUGCUAAGGUUUGGAGAAGCAUGCAACAAACAUUUACAUAAUUAUAUCCUCACUUAAAUUUCUAAGGAAAAACUUCACCCAGAGCAACGUAAUGAUAUCUUAGUGACUGGGUGAACCAAUUAUUGUACUUUAAGACAUGCAAUUUAAUUGAUGGAAUGAAUCAGUAUGGUGCAAUCUUGUAUUUUCAUUAUCAAUCUUUUUUAUUUGAUAUAUCUAAAGUUAAUAAAUUUAUUUUUUUUAAGGAGCUCACAAGAAAACUGGUUUCAAGUCCCUUAAAUGGAAGGUUCCAGAUCAUCCCCAAAGAAUCUAUUCUAUUUGUAACUGUAAACACACCAAGAAUCCACCGCUCUGUGAUGCCACUCAUGUAAACCUCCCAGCUGUGGUAGAGACAAGGCAAAAGAACUGUGACAGUGCUCAUGAUGAAGACAUGAAGUUAUGUACUGGGUGUGGAUGGGUACCAAAGUGGUGAAAUAAAUAUUAUACCAUAUAUAUCUCAAGAAUAGAUGCAUUUAUAUUUCUGGAUUUAACACUUGUCAAAUGGAUUUGUAGUAUUUUCAUCCAUAAUUAAUUAGAAGGAAAGGAGUUAUAUAGUUCUCUUUAAAUCUUUGUUGAACAUAUUUUAGAUAGAACUUAUACAAGUAAAUAAUUGACUGGAACAAAAGUGCACAAAAAUUGAAUUUUUAUCUGAGAAUGAUAUGUCUUGUCAGAACAUAAUAUUAUUUUUGCCUCUUUUUGUCCUGGGAAUUUAUUUGGACAAUUAUUCUAUGAUUAUAUUACAAAUCUAACAGUAUGAAACAAGGUAGAAAAAUUAUGGCAAAUUUCAUGUGGGAUUAUGAGAAAUGCAUAACAUGAGAGUCUUCUUGAAGAAUAAAAUAUUUUGUAAAAUAUUUUACAUAUUGAACAAAUUAUAUAUUUUAUAUAUUGGACAAAUUAAUUAUCCGAGAAAUAUUUGCAGGAGAGCAGAAUCUCCAAUCAGAAUCUCCAAUAUACAGAACUAUUAUUUGUUGUAUGUAAUUACAAAUAAAACUAAAUAAAUUUUAAAAUAAAAUUAAGAGGAGGAAACUCAUCUGAGUGAAAUCAGGCUGAAUUCAAGCUUGAGGCUUUUCAGCAAAUAAUGGUUUAGGGUUGUGGAAAACAAAUGAGAGGGUUAUUCUGAAAGCUUUUUUGAUUAAGAUCUAGGAACCAGGAUGGUUCAUGGAGACAUCUCUUCCAGCAAAGUCGUAUCUUUACAUCCAGGUGAGAUAGUCUUAGACUUAAGCCAGUAGUAAUGACUGUCACUAAUGCUAAGGCCAUCUUGUGUUGAGGACUAUCUUCAACUGGGCAGUCACACCUUAUGAUAAACUAUUACCCUCCUGCCC